UCCCCUGUUCCCUUCCUCCAUCCCCCCUGUUCCCUUCCACCCCACCAACAGCAGGCGCCAGCCCGCCCGCCCGCCGCCACCACGCUCCCCUUGCCCCGAGUCUAUAAGAGGACGCACCGGUUUCCGCAUCGCUCUCCUCCACACCACCCGUUCCAUCAGCCAGCCCAAGCACCAAACCCGCCUCCUCCUCCGCACCGGCGGGGCAGCAGCGACCGGAAGCAGCAGCCCGGUGCGAUCCCUCCAGGGUCACCAGCAGGAUGAGGGCUUUUGCGACCGCAGCUUGGGUGGUGUUGCUGCUCGCGGCGGCGGCGCUCGUCUCUGUCUCCUCGGCAUCCGCUUCGAUCUCGGCCUCCGUGGACCCAUCAGGUUGCAAUGCCACCCAGCUGGCCACCGCUAUUGUCAAGAACUGUGUGGAAGAGUUUGAGCCAACCAAUGCCGCUGCCUGCUGUUCCUCGGUUCUGCCCACAGUGGACAUGGCCGGCUGCCUCUGCUUGGUGGUCGAUGAGCCUCAGCUGGCGCUAUCGGGCACCACCUCCCAGGCCGUGUUCAGUCUUUACCUGAAGUGUGGAGGUAAGAGACGUUCCCAGGACAAGCCGUACGAGGCAUGCGAUGAUUUCUUUGCGACGUCUCCGCCAUCCCUGCCAGCGCCCGCCAGUCCGGCGCCUCCUGCAUCACCAAGGGACAUGUACUACCCUCCAACUCCCGUCAAUGAGGAUUCAAGUUACAAGAUCGAGUUGUCCACAGAUGUUGGCGUUUGGGUGACCGUGAUAGUCUACCUGAUUGUCAUGGGCUUCGCAGUUUACGAGCGUCUGACUCGUGGAGGAAAUGACAACGAGGGUGGGCAAGAGGUGAACAAUGACCAGGAUCCAGAGGGGCAAGGAAACCCUCGGCCGGACGGAGCUGCUUGACGAUCAGCACUUCAUCACCGGGAUAGGAAGACUGAAAUGGGCACGGGAACCUACUGCUCAAUCAAGAUCAUGUCAUGGAGAGGAAGCCUGCCAUAGUUUAUUUUUAUCAGUAGUUGCGCCUUUGAUGAGCAAGGAAUGUAAUGUGCAUUUGCUCUUCUUUGACUCCCCUUUGAUCCGAAUGUUGAACUUUAAAUGUCUUUCGUGGUGAACUA